AUGCGGACUAUAGCAUGGAAUGUGGCGGAAAGCAUUGGCGCCAAUGAUUUUCCACGCUUUUCUAACUUAAAACCGAAUCCCCCACACAUCGGCCCUCCAACCCCAACCCCCCCCCCCCCCCCGCGAACUCUUCCAACUUGCCUCUCCCGGGUCAAUGGCGCAACGGAGAACGACAGCCCUGGCAUCCAGGAGCCCUCUCUCAAAGUCCCCAAGCUCUGAAACGGUGCCGCCAUGGACCACCACCACCUCACUCUCCCUCUUCCUCUCCCUCUCCUUAAGGUCAAGAAGCUCUCCCAAAAUUCUGUCUUGCCUUUGAGAGCUUCCUCUCUCUCUGCUGGUUACGAUCUUUCCAGCGCCGCUGAAGCGAAAGUCCCCGCUCGAGGGAAAGCUCUUAUUCCCACCAAUCUCAGCAUUGCCAUCCCUGAACGGACCUACGCCCGCAUCGCGCCUCGGUCGGGGCUGGCGUGGAAGCAUUCCAUUGAUGUGGGAACGGGUGUGAUCGAUACGGAUUACCAUGGACCGGUCAGCGUCAUUUUAUUCAACCACUCGGAUGUGGAUUUCGAGGUGAAGCCCGGCGAUCGGAUUGCUCAGAUGAUCAUAGAGAGGAUUAUGCCUCCAGGUGUGGUCGAGGUUGGUGAUUUGGAUUCCACUGUUAGGGGAGCUGGAGGGUUUGGAUCCACAGGGGUUUGAAAAUGGGAAAUAAUAUAUAGAUGCUAUUGAUGUUUAAGAUUUUUGGGGAUGGCACUCUUCUUGCUUCUUGGGAAGGGAAUUCUACUAGUGAAGUGUGAUCAGUGAAUCAUGUUUUGUUACUGUGAACUAAGCACCUCAUCUAUCUGAAUGGUUUAAUGUUUGGUUCA